AAUAAAAGUAAACCACACGCUAUAUUCUGGCGUAGAAAAGGCAUUUGGUGCAGGUUUUUUUGUUUGUUUGUUUCUAUAAUGACAAAGCUUUAGGCAGUUACUGCUGUUAGCGUAAUCAUUAACAAUCGUACUUAUUAUUUGCUGACAGCUCUAGAAUUACUAACACGUUUUGCACGGUCUGCUUCUAACUUAAAAAUGACAGACGUAACAAAGGACGCCUGUGAAUGUUUGCCCGGGGUAGGAACUGUUGAGAAAUUCCAAUUAAAGUCAGAAUCCGUAACAAUGGAAAUUAUAUCGCUUGGAUGUAUAAUAACUUCUUUAAAGACCAAAGACAAGAAUGGGAAAAUCGAUGAUAUUGUUCUGGGCUUUGAUAACCCAGAAGGAUAUUUGGCCAAUCCUCGCUUCUUUGGAGCUGUAAUUGGACGUGUAGCCAAUAGGAUUGCCAAAGGUAAAUUCACUGCCAAUGGGAAGGAGUACCAGCUUGCUAUCAAUGAUGGGCCUAACGCUAUCCAUGGGGGACUGAAAGGAUUUGACAAGGCCAUCUGGACCCCCGAAGCACUUCCGAGUGGCGUGAGGUUCUCACUGACAAGUGCAGAUGGUGAAGAGGGGUUCCCCGGGGAGCUGAAAGUAUGGGUGACCUACAUACUGGAAGGAGAGGUGUUGACAAUUAAUUACAGGGCACAGACCACCAAGUCAACUCCCAUCAAUCUCACCAACCAUUCCUACUUCAAUCUCGCAGGUCAUGGAACCCCUGAUAUCUAUGACCAUGAAGUGUCUAUCAUGGCAGAUGCCUACCUGCCUGUGGAUGACACAAUGAUUCCUACAGGAGAAGUGAAGCCAGUGCAGGAUUCGCCCUUUGACCUAAGGAAACCAGUACAGAUGGGACAGCGCCUGAAGCAACUGCCAGGCCUUGGGUUUGACCACAACUUCUGCUUAUCAACAGCUAAGGAACAACAGAAGCAGCAGCAGCUUUGUGCAAGAGUUUACCAUCCUCCGAGUGGUAGAGUUCUGGAAGUGGGGACCUCACAGCCUGGGGUUCAGUUUUACACAGCUAACUUUCUGGAUAGUUCUCUGAAAGGAAAGGGGGGAGCAAUGUAUCCUAAACAUUCAGCGUUCUGCUUGGAGACCCAGAACUGGCCAGAUGCAGUCAACAAGCCCCAUUUCCCAGAUGCUUUGCUGCGACCAGGAGAAGACUAUAAUCAAACUACAUGGUUCAGAUUUUAUGUAGCCUGAAGGCAUCAUUCAACAAGAGAUCCAUGAGUGAAUCUGAGCAACAAACUAAAAAGCAUGUCGGUUGAAUCUGUACAAGCAAAUAAAGGCUGAUACAUGGGUGAAA